GUGGCGGUGGACUCGGCUGUCAGUGCCGAUUCUGUGGAGUGUCUGCGCCAACCGAAAAAAAAGCACAGGUCCACACACGCAGACGAGAAAUACGAAUUAUAAAAAAAAAAUUCAAUAAAAUCAUUCACACACCGAAAAUAUUUUUUGCGAGAGUGUCGUCGAGUGGUUGACGACGACGACGACGACAACGACGACUAGCCACUACGCUACAUCACAUUACUGCGACGACGACAACGACGACGCCGCCGAGAUCGUGUCCCUGUGCGCGCGGGUGUCAGAAAAUUGAAUAAUAAUAAUAAUAUAAAUUAUUGUUAUUUAUUUUUUUUACUCUCCGUUUGUGUGUGAUUUCUGUGCGUGUUUCCGAAGUGUGGUGUCGUGUGCGUACGUUGUUUCUCAACCCGUUUCGGUGGCCGCGGACGACCGCAGCAGACGGACGCACGAGUAUCGAGCAUUUUUAAUAAUAUUGUCGUUUCAUUGUAUUUAAUUUUAUAGUAAUUUUUUUUUUGUUUUUUGAAAUACAUACGCGCGUUUAUGUGUAUAUUUAUAAAUAGACACAUAUAUUUUUAUACCACGUAUGAGUUCAUCGUAUACAUAGAUUAAAUUCGUCGUGUACCUGCACUACCUAUAUAUCAAGUCACGAUCGGACGAAAAAAUACCAUACCGCAGAGAAGAUAUCCCAAUUAUAUAUAAUAGACUCGAAUACAGCCACUGAGCCACCGGCGCGUUAGCAAACUGAAGACACUAGUCAACACUACUGGAACGAUAGGUGGCAAAUCAGCUGCAGCGUCAAAGAUUGUUACAAGGAAUUAUUGAGAAAACAACUAAUAAAAUGCCUCAACGUGCGGGCGUACUUACAAAUUCUGUUAUGAUAACUUUAAUCCUACUGAUCAGUUCCUUGUGUGGAUGUUGGAGUUCUGAUGCGGAUCAACAUGUUUCUUCGUCUCCCACAUGUGACAGUAAUAUUUACUGUUAUGGACCAUUGCUGCAUGCGAUUCAAAUGUCUAGCAUAUUCCCAGAUUCGAAAACGUUUGUUGACAUGAAAAUGAAAUUUUCACCUAAUGAGACCAUGACCAUAUUCUUGGAAAUGAUGAAAAAAACGGGACAAAGGCCAUCAAAAUUAGAACUUGAAGUUUUCCUGAACGAAACAUUCGAGAAGGAAGGCAGCGAAUUCGAAAUUUGGGAUCCCUCCGAUUGGAAGCCAGAGCCCAAAUUUAUUGGUGAUAUUAAAGACCCAAAUUUCCAAGAAUGGGCUAGAGGCUUACACUUAUUAUGGAAACUUCUCGGAAAAAAAAUCAAAGAUGACGUACGUUUACAUCCUGACCAUUAUUCAAUUAUCUAUGUUCCGUAUCCGGUAAUUGUACCCGGUGGUCGAUUCCGUGAAUUUUACUAUUGGGAUUCUUACUGGAUAAUUAGAGGUCUGCUACUAUCUGAGAUGUAUACUACAGUAAAAGGAAUGCUUAGCAACUUUUUGUCGAUUAUUAACACCUAUGGUCAUAUUCCAAACGGGGGAAGAGUUUAUUACGCCAUGCGGUCUCAACCCCCCAUGCUGGUACCAAUGAUGAAAAGUUAUAUCGAGGCUACCAAUGACACGACUUUCCUAAAAGAAAAUGUCGAUAUACUAGAAAAAGAAUUCAGCUAUUGGAUGUUAAAUCAUACAGUGGAUAUAGAAAAGGAUGGAAAAGUAUACACAUUGGCCAGAUAUAAGGAUUCGUCAACAGGACCUAGACCCGAAUCAUACAGGGAAGAUAUCAUGAGCGCACAAACACUGAAGACCGAUAACGAUAAAGAAAACUACUAUUCUGAGCUAAAGGCCGCUGCGGAAUCUGGGUGGGAUUUUUCCAGUAGAUGGUUUAUACUAAAUGGAACAAAUAAAGGAAACCUGACCAACCUGAAAACACGAUUCAUCAUACCGGUGGACUUGAACGCUCUGGUGUAUUGGAAUGCUAAGAUAUUGAGUGAUUUCUACCGGGAGCUGAAUGUGUCCGACAAGGCACUGAAGUACGAAAACAUCGCCAACAAAUGGAUAGAAGCAGUGACGGCGGUCCUGUGGCACGAGGAAGUAGGCGCGUGGCUAGACUAUGACAUGCUGAACGAAAUCAAGCGUGAUUACUUUUACCCAACCAAUAUAUCACCGCUAUGGACCGGCUGUUAUGACCCGAAGAAGACCGAUGACUUUGUGUCCCGAACACUUAAGUACUUGGAAAAGACACAAAUAAUGAACAACCUGGGUGGCAUACCAACCACCCUGGAGCACUCCGGUGAACAGUGGGACUACCCGAACGCGUGGCCCCCGCUCCAGUACAUAAUGGUCAUGUCACUCGACAGCUCGGGCGAUAACUGGGCCCAGGACUUGGCGUUCGAGAUAGCUGAACGAUGGAUGAGGUCCAACUACAAAGCGUACAACGAGACCAACGCCAUGUAUGAAAAAUACGAUGCGACCGUACCCGGAGGUCAUGGCAGUGGAGGUGAAUACGAGGUGCAGCUAGGUUUCGGCUGGACCAACGGAAUAAUCUUGGAGUUCCUGCAGAAGUACGGAUCCAGGGUCACGGCCGAGGAUAAGUUCGUUGAGGCGCCGCAGACUAGCGCCAACAUAGACUCCAGCAGAAGCAGCACUGACUACAACACCAAGACCGUGUCUUCGGCGACGCAAGUCAUGACUGCUACGCUUGCGAUACUGGCCACGAUAUCGGCCGGAUGCAUAGGGUUCGCCGUGUACAAGAAGCGGUACCAGCUUUACGCGUCCGACCGAGCCCUGUGCAAGAAAAUGUGCGGCGGCUACACGGAGCUCAAAGACCUGACGAGCGACUAAAAACGCUGACGACCUACCACACCGUCCGUCGUCCGUUCUUCGUCUAUUCACUGCAGCCACUCCUCGACGGAGUCGUCAGGCGCCUGCCCGCCUCCAUAAUAAUAUAAUAUUAUAUAAUAUGAUAUUAUCGUCCCCGUCCUCCGUCAACCCCGUACGCCACGUACCCACUUCGCCGCUACCCAUCCCCCAAAUACACCCUGUAUACAAAAUGAUCCAAAUAUCACAGACCACUUGUGGCAGGCUCCAGGAUGCAGGUUGCGAUGAUAUUAUUGUAUUAUUAUAAUACAACCACGUACCUAUGUUAAUUACAGUACGCCGUAGUAUUUGGCGUCCGGUCGACGUAUUUUUGAUGUUGUUAUAUUAUUAUUAUUAUUAGUAUUAAUAUUAUCAUUAUUAAUUUAUUAUUAGUAGUAGUGAAGUAGUAGGACUAUUAUUAACGAUAACGUUGUGUUAGAACAUACAAAAUAUAUAUUAAGGUCGACGGACACGACACGAGUCAUAUUAUAAAUGUAGAUAUGACGACGUUCGUGUAUAAUAUAAUAUAGUUUGAAAGUAUUCUCGUGGUCUGAAUGUACGAAAUAUGUUUAUCGUCGAUUUUUUUUUUAUAUUUUCAAAACGCAACGCGCACCACUUAGACUCGGACCGAUGUCGAACAUUAUUCGACAGAAUUCACCUGAAUACGAUUGCCACAAUGCCACGUGUCCGUUUCGCGUUCUGUUAUACCUCCAAUAUAACAUAAUCGCUAAUAUUAUAAUAUACGAUUGUACAUAAUAUUCGUAUAAUAUGCAUCAGAUAGGUGAAUAUUUAAGCCCACGAGGUUAGGUAUAUAUUUUUUUGAUUGCGCUUGUAUUUCAAACGUGCGAUUUGUGAUUUAUUUAAAAACGUUUAAAAAAUUUCCAGACUUGCGAUGUGAGUAUCUCACGAAUAUAACUAUUGCCUUGUAUAUAAUAUACUGAUUUGUUCGGUAAUGACGUGAGUAAAAUUUUGGAUUUUUCCGACUGUUCGUCGUUGACUCAAACCGAAAGCGACGACAGUGAACAUUCUGUCGGACAACCUGCGCUGUAAUAAUAUUAGAUAGGUCAUAGGUAUUUCGGUUUUAUUUACUAAACAUUUUCCACGCAAACGUGCGUUUUCCUAUUAUUUAUAAAAACUAUCGAGUUUAAUGUCGUUUGAAGAUUUCUUUUGUAGAAUAUAGAUCUACGUAGGUAUUAUACGACCGAUCAACAAUAAUGUUUUAUUGUUAUAGUUUAUAACACGAAAAAAAUUAAUCAUAUUCAAAUGCCUACACGUGAUUUAAUGUUGGAAAUAUAGGUAGGUAUGUGAUGUAGCCUAUUUAUAGAUCUGAUCGUUGGUGUAAUACAUUUAAAUAAAUAAAUAUAUUUAUUAUGUACAUAACUUAAAAUAGUGCAUUGUAAGGAAACAACCCCCAUUAGAUAUCCAAGUUAGUUGGACAUAAAUAUAUUAUUUUUUAUUUGAACACUCUAUUUUUCUUAUACAAUUAAUAAGAGGUUUCCGCGAACACUUUAAUUGUGAAAAUAUUAGGUAAAUCGAGUAACAAUAACGAUGAUGCUGUGUCGUAAAAUGCAAGGCUGAGCAAGUUAAUGAUUUUUAAUUAUUUUUUAAUAAUUAACUCAGUUAAGUUAAGUUAAUAUGCACCAAUAACAAAAAGUUAAAAGUUAAUUUAACUAUAGGUUAACUCAGUUAAGUUAAAAGUUAAUACACGCUUUUCGUUAACUUUUUAUUAAUUUGAAAAAAAGUUAAUUUGUUUAUACAACGCUAGCGUACUUAAUUUUUUCCAACCCAAAAUUAAAUUAUAGACUAUACUACUAUAGUGUUUAUACUUUAUACAGUAUUUUUAUAGAAGUUAGAUUCGAAUGAUAUACAUUUUUAACUUUUUAAACAACUCACGGUAAAUAUUUUUUGACAUGAAAACGAAAUAGACUAAAAUUAUGAAAUAUAAUAAAAUUAAAAACAAAAUAAAUGAACUUAACUUACUUCUUAAAAUGAAAAAUUAAUUCGUUAAUUUUAUGUUAAUUAAAAAUAAAUUUAGUAAGUUAACAGUUAAGUUAAUGAAAAGCCAAAAGUAACUAGUUAAGUUAAAAAGUUAAAAUAAAAUUAACUUUUUAUCUCGUUAAUGCCCAGCCUUGGUAACUUGAUUAAUUUUAUUACCAUUAACUACUAUCACCGCAGACGAAAUAUCGUCGUUUUCAAUAUUGGUAUGUCUCUAUUAAAUAGUUAUAAUAUAUUAUACUAUAGGUAUACCGGGAAAUGUAUACCGUGUUACCGUAAUAAUAAUAACCGUUUCGGAUUUAGCUGCAAACCGAUCAUCCAUAAGUCGUGAUUAGGCAAUUAUCUUACCAACUAAAGCAAAAAUUAUCUAGGUUAUUAUAAUUCAUUUUCUUUUGGGUAUUCUUAAUACAAUAAUAAAAAUAAUAAUAAUAAUGUAGUUCAAUAAAUUAUAUUCGUAUACAAUAUGCUUAUUUUAUCUCGAGUAGGAAUAGGUUAGGGCUGGUGGUAUUUUCGGUAUUUACCGGUAAUUACUGGUUUCUAAAAAAUACCGAUAUCCAGUAUUUUCGGUAUUUUAGAAUACCACGGUAUACCGCGAAUCGAUAAUUACCGUUGUUGCCAAAAAUACCGUAUACCUACAUUUAUUAAUCAUUGCUUUUAUAUAAUCGUAAUGACACAAUAUAAUAUUUAAUAGCCCUAUCCUAGGUUGGAAACUUGGAAACACUUAUAAACUUACCGAUGUUAUGGUAUUUUUGAUAAUUACCGAAGCACGAAUCGUACCUACGGUAUUUUCGAUAAUUACCGAAAAUACCGCAUAACCGGUAAUACCGUAAAUACCGGUAGUAAACAAAUACCAAAUACCGGAAUCAAAAUUUGAAAUACCGUCAAUCCUAGAAUAGGUAUAUAAUAUAUAUAUUAUAAUCAUUCCUAAUAGUAAAUAUAGUAAUAAUUAUAUUGAGAAAGUUAAUGAUCAAAAUAAUUUCGAUAAGCGUAAUAUAAGUAUAAAAAUAUUUACGUAUAUUUUACUUUGGCAACUAAAAUGUAUUUGUAAAGUUUACUGUUAUACAGUUUUUAUUUUUUUAAAUAUAUAUAUUUUUCAAAUAGUUUAAUAAAAAUGCACGAUUCAAUCUUUGAAAAUAUAAAAUCAAUAAUUAUAACCAAUUAAUACGUUUUUAAUAAAAAAUAUUAUUGAAAUGCGCUUCUAAUGUCAAAACUGAUCAAUUUUCUAACUAAUACGUCUGCUUUUUUAUCAAUUAGAAUUAGUAAUGAAUAGAGAUAAAUUUACAUUUCAUAUUCAAGCAUUUUAAACAAUAUAUGUUAUAGCGGUAAUCGAGUAUUCUCCAUUUCUCCUGGCGGUAGUCAAUCAUUAUUAUUGUUAAUUUUAUUAUGCUAACAAAACAAAAACAAUAUAUUAUCUGGAAGGUUGGAAAUAUUCGUGUGCUCUAGCUGCCCCAAAACGGUUUGAUAAGAUUUGUAAGGGCCGAACAGGCCCAACUGUCCAAGCUAGGCCACCGUAUAAUACUCAAUAGAAAAUAAGUUAUAGUUAUCCAUAAAGUGUAUUGAAUUACGAAGCUAAUUCAAUUACUAAUAUUUUCUAUGUUUCUCUAUGUUUAUAUAGCUCUAUCUUUAACAUAGACCACACUAUAAUAUUAUUAUUAUUAACAUUUAUUAAAGACUUAUAUGGCGUAUAUCUAAUAUAAUUGAUUGGAAAUUAAAAAUAUCUAUGGUUUCCCAUGUCCCAUCAUAACGAUCCAGUGGGUAGGGACACUAUGAUAUUAAAUUAAUUUCCGCUGUCCUUCAGGUCAUAUAUAGGUUAUUAAUUGUACUAAAAAAAUAGGCCGGUAAAAAUGUUUGUUGCCCAAGACUUGAAACGCCUAUAGUCGUUUGUAAAAUGUAAGACAGGCAAAUAAAAACUGUGCUGAAAUGUACACCUUACCACCCCCAAAUGGAGCCCUUGUUUGACCCCCCCCCCCCCUGUAAUAGAAUAAAUAAGUGUUGACAAGGGGGACUAUUUUAAUCCCCACUCUUAAAUACUAUAAAAGCAGCUAAAGUUCGAAAGUUAACAUUAGUCUACAUUAUAACUUUAAAGCCCACAUCCGCCAUUGUUAGGCUAUUCAACAGUAUUUUAAUGUUUGAAAAUUGUAUGAAACUAUGUAUAUCUACACAAAAAUCAUAAUAUACUCGGACGCAUAUAUAGCGAAUGUUUACUAUCUAAAAUAUAAUAAUAGUCGCGUGAGUACGUGACUGUAAUAACUGCAAUUAUCGCGUAGGCACAAAAAACAUGUUUAUAUAUUAUUACCUAUUAUAAUAAACAGAAUUUAACUAUAAUAAUAUACCUAUAUCACGUGCUCGACCACGGUAGGACAUUUCGAAGUUAUUAUUUUUACUCUAAUCUUAUAUUCUCUCAGAAAUAUAUCGUACACAAUAUAAACUAUAAAACAUAUAUAUAUAUAUACAUUUAUAUGGUAUAUUUUUUGUUUGUAAUAAUGCGCUUUACAAAUUAUUUUGAUACAUAAAAUAUUGUGUAUUACUGUUGUAGCUGUAUAACUUUUUUUCGUAAGACAAUCUUUUUACAUUGCAUGUACAUACCUAUAGUUAAUACUAUAAUGGUUAUGAUUAUAAUAUAUUAUUAUUAUAGCUGUGACGUUUGCGAAUUUUUUCUCUUUUCCUUAAAUUCUUACGAUAGGUAUAUUACGACUGAUAGAUAAUUAGGACCGCAUAUAUACCUGUAUAUAGGGUAUAUAAUAUUAGGAACCGCGCUGUUUCUUGUAAAUUGUAAUAAUAUAAUAUUAUAUUUUUAACACGUGAUUUUGUGAAUCGUUACCUAUAACGUGAUGACCCGAUGACCGUAUCGGCAGUACUUUAUUGUGUAUAAAUGUAUAAUGUCAAUUGCGUGUUUGUAUAGAUACAGAAACGUGUGCUAUAUAAUUAUAUUAUGCACAUAUAUUGUUAAUUUGUUUUGUUGAUUUUUGUAAGGUUCUCGAGUGCAAUGAUGUAAUGUGUUGUCUACCCUCUCGAUAUGUAAUCGGCCGGCCGAGUCUUUAGAAAAAAUUUAAUGUAUUCCUAAAAUAUAUAAUAUUAAUUGUGUUGACAAACGCCGUGACGGGUAGGCCAACAGUGUUAUUACUUAUUAUUAUUAUUACGAUUUAUAUAUAGUAUUAUAAUUACUAUUAUUAUAAGCCGGUGUACCUCACCGUAAGUCUAGUGGCUGUUUAUAAAAAUAAAGUUUAAAAAAUUUAA